AUGGCGCCUGCUCCGGAUCUCCUCGAGAGUGCUGAGGCUGCUGUUGCCCGAAUUGCAUACCUCUGUAGCGACCAUGUCAUUUCUGUGCAACCAUCGCUGAAACAAAAGACACCAUAUUCGUCACAACUUGAUAGAUUAUCUGCUAGCUCUACGCCAGGCAUUAUCUCUGGAAAUCCAGAAUCUGUACCAGAGAUAACAAGAGUUCGCCACAAUGCUGACCCUUUCCUCAGCGCUUUCGAGCCUCUACGAAGCGGGCAGCUCGUAUCUAUUCUCACCGUUUCAACCACCUUAAUUCCUGCUAUUCCACAUCUCUAUAAAUUGGCAAAUUAUCCUCUUACGAUACAUGUCUCUCUCGUCCCCCAAUCUUUCCCAGACUACUCCGAUAUAGCUGCUGUGCGGCAAUCGGGUUUUACAAUUAUCCGGUCUGAUUCUGUCCAAGAAGCCCAAGAUAUGGCCGCCGUAGCACACGGCGUAGCUGUCAAGUCUGGGCGUGCGGUUAUCCAUUUCUUUGAGGCGGACAAUAGUCGUGAUGACCCCGUUCCGCUCGAAGACCGCCGUGUCCUUGAUCGCAUGCUUGAUCGUGCAGCUGCCCGGUCAUAUCAGUCUUCUUCGAUUGAUGCUUCCAAUAUAUACGCUGCUGAUGGUGUACAAGCACAAACUCGGGUAAAUCCUGUUACAAAUGGAGUAAAUGGCACCUCCAAUGGCGUCAAGAGUCCCCCACAAUCCCCUACAGCCAAUGGUUUCACAAAUGGAGAUUCAGCUUCCUCGAAUCUCUCACGGACAGACUCCGUAACAAGUGAACCAGAAGUUACUUACCGUCCAGUCAACUCUGCCGAUGUCUACAAAUACCUUACCGCUGGGUUUGAGAUCGUCCGGCAAGUCACAGGGCGCUCAUACCGUCCCUUUGAAUACUACGGUCCUACAUAUGCCGAGAAUGCCAUUUUCUUGUUUGGAUCCAAUGCAAAGUCGAUAGCGACAACAAUUGCCUCCGCAGCUUCCACAGAAGACUAUGCCAAGACUGGUGUUAUUGUAGCCAGAGUAUACAGACCUUGGACAGGACAGAAAUUCUUAGAUGUCGUUCCCAAGACCGUCAAGAAGGUCGCUGUGCUGGAACAGAUCAAGAAACGGACAACCAAGUGGGGUCCCCUGUUUUUGGAUCUCUUGUCCACCAUUCGUGGUGGCGACGUAGAAACAAAACGGGAUCUCUCGCUGGUUGGAUAUCAACUUGGAUAUGUCAGCCCUUCGACAUUAAAACUAGCAUUGAGAGGUGUUCUUCAAAACCUCAAGCUUGACAAGCCUAUUCAAAACCUUGACAUCGGUCUUCCAGAGGGCCCCGCCAAAUCUGCAGCUGGCUACGAACUUUCUCGUCCAGAAACAGAAAACGCCUAUUUCAAGGUCUUGAACCAGCUCUUCGGCGAAAGACUGCAUAUUGCCAACGCUCUUGAAAAAUCCACCGCCGGUAUUCCUACCAGCAUAGCCACCAGCCCCGAAUUCGGGUUCGGAAGCCUGCUAGCUAGACUUGAGAAGAAGGAAAAGUUCCAACAAAGAGUCGAAGAUGCAGCGAAAUCCACUUCAUUUGUCACAUCUGUCUGCAACGAUUGGCUAGCUAGAUGGCUAAUUGCUGCGAACGACGCAAAGAAGAGACCGCAAGUCGCAGACGGGCUCAUCACUCGCCUUAAGAAUGACGGUAGUGCUUUGUCAUCAGAACUACUCAGGGACAAAGCAUAUUUCUACAACGAGACAAACUGGUUAAUUGGCUCCGAUGCGUGGGCUUAUGAUCUCGGUAACUCUGGCGUUCAUCACGUUAUCACCUCUGGAAAGAAUAUAAAUAUGCUCAUCAUCGAUUCUCAACCCUACUCUGAGAAGGCAGUUCAUGAUGCUGCUCGUCGAAAGAAGGAUAUUGGACUUUACGCUAUGAACUACGGCGGGUGCUAUGUUGCUUCCGUUGCGGUUUACAGCUCUUACACCCAAGUCCUACACGCUUUGAUCGAAGCAGAGCAGUUUAACGGACCAUCAGUAGUGCUCGCCUAUCUUCCUUAUCAAAAAGAGGAUGAGUCGCCCCUGACUAUCUUGCAAGAAACCAAGAAGGCGGUUGAUAUUGGAUAUUGGCCACUAUACCGCUGGGACCCAACAAGAGAGGAGAAGGGCAAGGGCGAUAACUUUGAGCUUGAUUCUGAGAGAAUCCGUAAUGAGAUGAAGGAUUUCUUGGAGAGGGAAAAUCAUCUUUCGAAGCUAUUGAAGCGAGAUCCUGUCUUUGCGGCCAAUUUGAAGGGUAGUUAUGGAGCUGAGGUUAAAGAUGCACAGAAGAGGAAGGCGAAGGAUGCAUUCGCCAAAUUGCUUGAAGGGCUAGAGGGAGCACCAUUGACAAUCUUGUUUGCUUCAGACGGUGGUAAUGCGGAGAACUUGGCGAAGAGGCUGCAGAGACGGGGUAAAGCAAGAGGGUUGAAAGCUUAUGCCAUGAGCAUGGACGAUUACCCGCUCGAGGAUAUUAACGGGGAGGAAAAUAUAGUUUUGAUGACUUCUGUGGCCGGACAGGGCGAGUUCCCACAGAACGGAAGGAAUUUCUGGGAGGCAGUCAAGAACUCUACGGAUAUCGAUCUCGCUGGAGUCAACUUCGCUGUGUUUGGGUUGGGCGACAGCCACUACUGGCCCAGAAAGGAGGAUAAACUUUACUAUAAUAAGCCAGCGAAGGACUUGGAUGCUAGACUUGAGGUACUAGGUGGAAAGAGGAUUGUCGAUGUUGGCUUGGGAGACGAUCAAGAUCCCGAUACCUAUCAGACUGCAUAUGCGGACUGGGAGCCAAAGCUUUGGACCGCUCUUGGUGUUGAUAAGGUUGAAGGACUUGCUGACGAGCCGCCACCAAUUACCAACGAGGAUAUCAAGAUUGAAUCUAACUUCCUAAGAGGAACAAUCGCUGAAGGAUUGGAAGACAUGUCGACCAUGGCAAUUUCGGCAGCUGACCAACAGUUGACGAAGUUCCAUGGAACAUACAUGCAAGAUGAUCGAGACUUGAGGGAGGAGCGAAAGGCCCAGGGGCUAGAACCUGCAUACUCCUUCAUGAUCCGAUGUCGAUUGCCCGGAGGUAUUGCAACACCGAAACAAUGGUUACAGAUGGAUGACAUCUGUGAAGACUACGGCAACAAAACCAUGAAGCUUACUACACGACAAACCUUCCAGUUCCAUGGAAUCAUCAAAACCGACCUCAGGAACUCCAUGAGGGCAAUCAAUCAAGCUCUUAUGACUACCAUUGCGGCUUGUGGAGACGUUAACCGAAAUGUCAUGUGCAGCAGUUUGCCAUACAAAUCAGCUUAUCAUAGACAAGUAUGGGAGUACUCGAAGUUGAUCAGUGAUCACUUGCUGCCGAGCACCACCGCUUAUCACGAAAUCUGGUUACAAGAUGAGAAUGAUAAGAAGACACAGGUUGCAGGAGACGCGGUUGUCGACCACGAGCCGUUGUAUGGACCAACUUACCUACCCAGAAAGUUCAAGAUCACAAUUGCCAUUCCACCACACAACGAUACUGAUGUUUACGCCCACGAUAUCGGUUUAAUCGCUAUCAAGGGUGAGGACGGCAACCUCGCCGGGUUUAAUCUUCUUGCCGGAGGUGGUAUGGGUGUCACACAUAAUAACAAGAAGACUUAUCCACGAACGGGUAGCAUGUUCGGUUAUGUUCCUAAGGAGAACAUUCACCUUGCCUGCGAGAAGGUUAUGCUCGUCCAGCGUGAUCACGGAGACAGAAAGAACCGCAAGCAUGCUCGAUUAAAGUACACAAUCGACGACAUGGGCGUUGAAACCUUCCGCGGAAAGGUCGAAGAACUCCUGGGCUCCAAGUUUGAACCCGAAAGGUCUUUCCAGUUCCAAAGCAACAUCGAUACAUUUGGAUGGCAGAAGGAUGAGAAUGGUCGGAAUCAUUUUACAUUCUUUAUCGAGAAUGGUAGAAUUGAAGAUACUCCUGAGUUCUUGAUGAGGACGGGAUUGAGGGAGAUUGCUAAGCUGGGCAAAGGAGAGUUUAGAUUAACAGGAAAUCAGCAUUUGAUUAUGUCGAAUGUGGAAGAUGAGGAUUUGACGGAAGUUAAGGCAUUGAUGGAGCACUAUGGACUAGAUAAUGUUAAGUUUUCUGGUCUGAGGUUGUCUUCAAGUGCUUGUGUGGCGUUCCCAACCUGCGGUUUGGCAAUGGCAGAGAGUGAAAGGUACCUGCCCAAGUUAAUUGACAAGUUGGAGUCGACGCUUGAGGAGGCCGGACUACGUCAUGAUUCGAUUGUAAUGAGGAUGACGGGAUGUCCAAACGGCUGUGCCAGACCUUGGUUAGCGGAAGUUGCGUUUGUUGGAAAGGCGUAUGGCGCGUAUAACAUGUACUUGGGAGGCGGGUACCACGGACAGCGAUUGAACAAAUUGUUCAGAAGCUCGAUCAAAGAGGAGGAGAUCUUGGAGAUCUUGAAGCCAAUGUUCAAGAGGUAUGCGGUUGAGAGGGAGGAAGGUGAAAAGUUUGGCGACUUCUGUAUCAGGAGUGGAAUUAUCAAGGAAACGACACACGGUACCAAUUUCCACGAGGGGGUCGCCGAAGAAGAUUCGGAGGAAUAG